AUGUCGACCCAGGAGUUCAAGCAGGCGCCCCACAAGCUCCUCGUCAUCCCCGGCCCCAUUGAGGUCGCCGACGAUGUGCUGCUCGCCAACGCCCACCCGGCCAUGUCGCACGUCUCGCCCGACUUUGUUCCCGUCUUUGGCGACUGCAUCCGCAUGCUGAGAGAGGUGCUGUUCUCGACCGAGGCGCAGCCCGUGCUCACCGCCGGCUCCGGCACGCUCGGCUGGGACCACGUCGCGGCCAACUGCCUGCAGCCCGGCGAGAGCGCGCUGGUGCUCAACUCGGGCUACUUUGGCGACAGCUUCGCCGAGUGCCUCGAGGUGUACGGCGCCAAGGUGGACCAGAUCAAGGCGCCGAUCGGCUCCAAGCCCUCGCUCGCCGAGGUCGAGGAGGCGCUCAAGAAGAAGAAGUACAAGGUGCUCACCUUUACCCACGUCGACACGAGCACGGGCGUGCUGAGCGACGCCAAGGGCCUCGGCGAGCUCGUCAAGCGCGUCAGCCCCGAGACGAUCCUCGUCCUCGACGGCGUGUGCAGCGUCGCCAGUGAGGAGAUCCGCAUGGACGCGUGGGGCAUCGACGUCGUCCUUACCGCCUCGCAAAAGGGCCUGGGCUGCCCUCCCGGCCUGAUGAUCCUGGCGGCCAGCAAGAAGGCCAUCGCCGCGUUCGAGAGCCGGACGGCGCCGCCGACGAGCUACUACGCGUCGUGGUCCAAGUGGCUGCCCGUCAUGAAGGCCUACGAGUCCGGCACGGGCGCCUACUUUGGCACGCCGCCGACCAACCUCAUCUACGCGCUCCACGCCAGCCUGUCGACCAUCACAAAGGGCGCCGUGUCGGUCGAGCAGCGCCUCCAGAUGCACGUCGAGGCCUCGGACCGCGUCAAGAACUUUGUCACCCACGACCUCGGCCUCAAGCAGCUCGUCGCCGACGGCAUCAAGGACGGCGCCCACGGCAUGACGGCCGUGCGCUACCCGCAGGGCAUCAAGGCCACCGACCUGCUGCCCAAGCUCGUCGCCCGAAACAUUGUCGUCGCCGCCGGCCUGCACAAGCAGUGCAAGGACGAGUACUUCCGCAUCGGCCACAUGGGCGUCACCGUCGUCGACGACAAGCAGCGCGGCGACCUCGACCACCUCCUCAAGAGCAUCAAGGAGGCCCUCGCCGAGGCCGGCUACAAGGCCUAG